ACAUACAACCUACAUAAACUGAUCAGUUAUCUUAAGUUACUUCACACCAGCGACUUUCCAAACGGUUAAUCAAUACCAAGAACAAACAGAUAUGGCUCCUACAAACAGAGCUGCUUGGACUACUGCUGAAAAGGCCUAUCCUCUCGAAGUCAAAGAGGCCGAAUACACCCAUCCCGUCGAUAAUGAAAUUGUUGUCAAGGUGCACGCCAUCGCACUCAAUCCCGUUGACUUUGCCCGCCAGGCUAUGGGUUCCAGACUAUUCCCCUGGACGAAAUACCCAACCGUCUUCGGAACUGAUGUAGCGGGAGAAGUGGUCGAGAUUGGCUCACAAGCUGCUGGCAAGUACAAAAUCGGCGACAGAGUGGUUGGUCUUGGGAACGGCCUGGAGAGCAAUCGUCCGUCUGAUGGCGCUUUCCAAGAAUACGUUGUACUUCGUGGAGACCUGACUGCACAUAUCCCUGACAAUGUGUCCUAUGAGAAGGCCGCAGUUAUCCCUCUCGGUGUAGCAACAGCCGCUAGUGGUCUUUUCACCGAUGACCAGCUCAAGCUGGAUCUUCCCACCUCCCCUGCAAAGCCUACCAAAAAUGAAUGGGUCCUGGUGUGGAGCGGUGCAUCAAGUGUUGGUAGCAACGCUAUUCAACUGGCGGUGGCAGCUGGAUACCACGUUAUCACGACGUGCUCACCAAAGAACUUUGAUUUCGUCAAGAGCUUGGGUGCCGAAUAUGCCUUUGACUAUAACAGACCCACCGUCGUUUCUGACAUCGUCGAGAUCUUCAAGGGCAAGAAGAGCGCUGGAGCCUACGCCAUUGGAUUCACUGCGGCCAAGCCUGUUAGUGAUAUUAUCAGCCAGAUUACUGAAGGGAGCAAGCAUGUUGCCGCAUCCAACAUGCCCCCGUCAGAUCUCCCAGAAGGUGUUACCUCGAAGAUGGUCUUCGGAAGUGCUCUGAAGAAUUCUCCCCUUGGUGCUCACAUUUUCAAUGACUUUGUGGUCAAAGGUCUUGUGAACAGGAACUAUAGGACGGCCCCUGAACCACAAAUCGUUGGCCAAGGCUUGGAGAGCAUUCAGCAGGGACUCGAUACUCUCAAGGCCGGGGGUUUGUCAGCCACCAAACUUGUGGUUACUUUGUAAAAUUUAUUUGGAGCAAGAAUUAUCUACUUAAUAAUUACAUACGACCUUUCGGAUGAUCUUCUCAAUCUUUCGGCGAGAGUAGCCAACUCUCUCUCAACAUGUAUUUAAACAUACUGUUUGCAACGACUAAUAGACAUUAUUUCUUG